CGAAGCGUGAUUAAUCUCUUAUCUCUUACAUUUCGGUCUACCUAUUUUUAAGCGUUUGACAGAUGCGGAAGAUUAAAUAUAUGAUUGAAAAGAUAAAUGACGGAUCGCAAUCUUUAAUUAAUCAAUAAAAAUAUAAUUUAAUUUUUUUAAAUAAUCUAUAUGAUGAACGAACAUUCAAAAUUCAAAUACAAUCUGACAAUGUCUAACCCUAAUCUAAGAGAGGGGGGAUAAGAAAAAUUGACGUCAUCAUGUCAGAUGUCAGUUGAUGUAAAGGUGAAUUGUGUAUGCUUCUACGUGAACAUCAUUCUGCAGAAAAAAUGAGAUAUUUGCAUUUUAAAUAUUCCUGUGAUUGGUAUUGAAAGACUGAUGACUUGUCUUGGCGAUGUUAAUGUACGCAUCAAGCUAGCCACUGAAGAAGAAUGAAUUCUCACAAGAGCUCGAUGAGUUUAUAUUAUUUGCGACGUUCGUAGCAACGAGAUUCGCCGAUUUGAUCUUCGUUGAGCAAACAUGAAUAAGAGCCACGCGAAGAGACUGAAUCAAUUGCCGAAUUGGCUAUGGACGAAUUCGACCACCUUGCCGCCGGUUUACAAGAUGGUAUGGGAGGCGGUACGAGAUGAUCGAGUCAGGUCGAACGGCAUGCAGACCGAGCUGCUUGUCGACACCAAUAAGGUAUUUCCACUGCUGCUCACUAGCCAGUUGCCCACGGAGGUUCUCGGUCACAUAUGGAGUUUAGCUAAUCAGAAGUACGCUGGACAGCUGACCGAACAAGAACUGUACGUCGUCCUGGCUCUCGUCGCUGCUGCACAGACUUCUUACACCUUCAAUAGUCUCGAUAUACUGCAUUUACUUCCCUUCCCUCCUACGCCGUAUUUAAAUAUAGAUUGUUUGAUGAAUCUGCAACCUACUGCGCAAACAAACACGCAACAGAAACUUCAAAACUAUGGUAACGAGGAGUUCAAUGUCAAUAAUAUAAGUGUAGAAGGAAAAUAUACCUCUGAUGUUAGAGGAAAAAUUAAAGUUAGAGCUCACACAAAUACAAUGUCUGAUGUGAAUACACCCUUUUCGAACAAUACAUGUGGAAAAUUAUCAUGUUCCGAUAGCAAGACUCUAAUAUCUGGCACAACUGCAAACAGUUUUAAUAAUAUGUUAAAAGAAAUAAAACAAACUCCACGUGUUCAAAUCGACAUUCCACCUGCAUCGUCCUUCGAUGAGUCCUGCGAUGAAUUCACCGAAUUUCAGAGCGCACCGAUUUCUAACAUCCCCACUGCAUCAAUUUGGGAUAGUAAACAAGGUUCUGCAAUUGGCAGCAGACUUGCUAAUCAUAAUCUAGGAGUAAAGAAAACAGUCGACAAAGUCAAGAAAGCCACUACUGGAACAAAAACUGUACAUAUUAAUAGUCAAAUUCGUACGUCUGCACCUGCAAGUUUACCAUAUCAAAGUAAAGAUCAGUCAACAAUAGAAGGUCCGUUGGAUCUAUUUUCUAAAUGCGGAGUAAAGAAUCAAUCGAAAACAGUAAUACUCAAAGACACUGUGAUCAGAAAUAAUGAUUCGCCUAAGGAUUAUAAUGAUAGUUUUAGUAAUCUGGCAAAUGUAAUAGAGCCUAUAUCUCUUAGCAAUGAUAAAGAGACACUUAAAAUGGAGUUAACACCAAAGGCUGUCACAGUAGAUAUGUCUAAUUCUAUUCAACAAGAUUUAAUGAGCUUGCAACAAAUUGAAGAUAAAUACAGUGCAUUGCGUGCAUUAGUUCAGGAAACAUCUGUCGUGAAUGAUGCAAAUUUAGAUUUAACUGUUAAUAAUCAAUCAGCCGACGAGUUCGGAGAAUUUAUGUCUGCGGAACAACCAUCUACUAAUCAUUCUACGAUCAUAUCAGAUACUUCGGAUACUGAAAGCUUUAGUAAUAUUUUUGCAGAUUUUGAGUUUAGUAAAGUGCAUUCUAAUGUUGACAACAAUAAUUUGGCAGAUCUGAACUUUAUAUCCGAAGUAUCUGAGACCUUUAAUAAUUUAAAACUUGAUGAUGGAAUUGAAGCACAAUUGGUAGAGUCAGGAAAAAAUAUUCAGAAAGAGGAUGCUAUUUCGAUAAAUAGUGUAGAAUUGAUUAGUGGUCCAUCUGAAGCACUGCCACGAUCAGGAUCUGUGCCUAGCUUAGAUCUUAAAUCAUUUUUACCUUCAAACAUAGAGGAAGAUCAAAUUGUAGAAACUUCACAGCAGACUAUGUAUUGGGAAUGGAAACAAUAUAUGGAAAGUUGUGUUUUACUGCUACAAGUUGCAGCCAAUAUAUUUACCAAUAUAACAUCAGAAUUAGUUUUGCAGGAGGUUUUAAAUUCAGCUCAAGGAUACAACUUUCUCUGCCAUUUAGCUGAAGUUGCAGCUGUUUGUAGACGUGUUAAUUUUUCAUACAAAGAGUUAGACAUAAACAUUAUUGGAUUUGAUGAUCUUUUAAUGGAUAUUGAUCGGAUUUGGGCUGAAAUGGAACCUUUUUAUGCUAAUAUACCAAUUGUCACUGAAUUACCAGCUUGGCCAUUACACCAGGGAGAAUGUGUGUCUUGCUCCUUAUGUUUAACAGUUAUUACGAGUGGUCGAGUUGUUUAUAAUGAUAAUAAUUAUCAUGUAACAUGCGCAAAUUUGUGGCUUAAUUGCGUAAACAAUCAAUUGCCGGUAAUGCGAUACUCUUUACUUUAUCAACCAAAUAUGUGUCCAGGAAGCCACAUUUAAAUGCCAAUCUGUAUACAGUUGCAACGUUUUCUAAUUUAGACUAAGAAUACACAUUUUACAUACAUAUCUCUUAUUAAUAGAAUUCGUAAAUUCGAUCAAAGUAUUAAUAUUGAAAAUAAUCUCUAAAAGUAGAGUUCUGAUAAAAUUUUCAUUAAUCUAGUAAAAUCAUCUAUAUGUAUAUAAGUAAAAAAAUGCAAAUGUUAUGUCAGUUAUUUAUUAAAUUCUUAUACUUUCUAUAAAUACUUAAUAAUAUGCAUACAAUGAUAUAUAAAAAUGUAGAAGUAUAUUUAUAUUUAAGUAUGCAAAUAUAUUUAUAUAUUUAUUUCAAUAUAAUGAAUAAUGUGGUUGCAUUUCAAACAAUGAUGUAAUUUUAGUGCAAUAUUAUAAAUUAACAAAAAAUUUUAUUUUAUUUACAUAGUAUAAAAAAUUUUUAUAAUUCUUGAUUACAAUUAACGUUGACUUGUAUCGCGUGGCCUAUAAACUAUUCCUCUGCUUUUCAUUUCUCUAAUGACACCAGCUGGUAACCGUCCUGACACUGAUAUAGCAUAAACACCCUUGCAGAAACGAUCUGGAGCAAACAGAAUCUCUGUUAAUGUUGGCCAUAAUUAAAAUAAUUAGAUAGGAAAUUUUAAUUCCUAAAAAGAUAUUGUGCAUCAUUCUAUUUACAUCUUGAUAAUAAGAAAGUUAUAUGUAUACAAAUAAAUAUGUUCCUCAAUAAAUAGA